AUGCUGCGCCUGGUGGUGACCAGCGCCCGCAUCCCCGCACCGCAGCUCACCGGUGCGGACGUGCACGUGCGCGCCGAGUUCAGAGGUGUCCCCAGGAGCACCCGAGUGGUGCCGGGCAAGUCUCAGACCGUCUGGAAUGAGUGGCCGGUCCCCAUACUGGCCGGUCGCUACCUCGUGCAGACGCUGGUGUGGCCGCUGGGUCCCCGUCCCCUGGACACGACCUCUGAGGUGCUGCUGCGGCUGCGCCAAUGGGGCCACCCCGCACCGGACGGGGAGCUGGGCGCCGCAGCGGUGGCGCUGGGGCGGCUGGCGGCCGAGCCGAGCAGCGAGCUGGCCCUCAGCGCCGUCCCGCUGCUCACGCACGAGCGGCAGCCCACGGGGGUGAGCGCCUUCCUCCCCAGCCCGCUCCUCAUCGUCACCGUCCCCCGCGCGCGGCGCCCGCGUGAUGGCCCGGACCGCAGCACCCAUCCGAGCCCCGCAGCAGGGAAAAAACAGGACUUCCAGGUGCGCGUGCGCAUCAUCGAGGGGCGGCAGCUGCAGGGCAACGACAUCAGGCCGGUGGUGAAGGUGCUCAUCGGCGAGCACGCCUUCCGCACGCGCAUCCGCAGCGGCAACAACCCCUACUACGACGAGGUGUUCUGCCAAAACCUGCGCCGGACGCUCGCGCGCCUCUUGGACGAGCCCAUCCUCAUCCAGGUGCUCAACUCCAAGGCAAUGCGCGCCGAGUCGCUCAUCGGCGUCUUCAAGCUGGACGUGGGCAGCGUCUACAGCGCUCCCGGCCGGGCGCUCGCUUGGAAGUGGCUCAGCCUCCACCAGCCCGAGCACCCCAACGCCGGCGUCCGGGGCUACCUGCGAGCCAGCCUGUGGGUGCUGCGUGCCGGCGAACCCGCGCCGGAGCUGGAGGCGCUGCCGCCGAGCGAGGACGUGGAGGGCAACCUGCUGCAGCCAGUGGCGCUGCCCGGCCGCGUGGCCACGCUGCAGCUGCGCGUGUACCGCGCCGAGGACGUGCCGCAGGAGGAUUCGUCUCGGCCCCAUUUCCCGCCGAUGCUGCCGGGGAGCAAGAGGAACAGCCUCAGCGUGGAGGCCACUUUCGCCGGCAGGACGCUGCACACCCGGGCCGUGCUGCCCACCGCCAACCCUGAGUGGAACGAGGUGCUCUUCUUCCCGCUGCGGGUGAGCCGAGUGACCCUGCCGGGGGACACCGCUGGGGACCGCAUGGGCAAGGGUGACGUCCUGGGCAUGGCCACCCUGCGCCUGUCCCAGGUGUCCUCAGCCGGCACAGAGCUGGAAGGUGGAGGCUCCGGCUUCCUGCCAUGCUUUGGGCCCAGCUUCCUCCCCUUGUACGGCAGCGUCGCCACCCGGCUGCUCCCUGCCUGGAGACCCAGCACCUCUGGACCCGCGUGUGGCACCACGUACCGCGGCCGCGUCCUGCUGGAGCUCAGCACCAGCACGGAGCGCCCGGGCGAGCGGGAGCGCGACGCCGUGGCCCCCGAGGACGUGGCCCGCCUGGAGCGCUUCCUGCGGCGCCGCACGUACGGGCUCUGCGCCGUGUUCGCCUCGGCCACCAUGCUGCCGCGCUGGGACGAGCUGCUGCAGGUCGAGGUCAGCGUGGGCCACUACGGCAACCGCGCCGAGGGCUCGUGCAGGGCGGCCGCCUCGGCCACGCCGCACGCGCGGCCCGUCUACGACGGCAACCGCUACUGCUACCUGCCCUGGUUCGACACGAAGCCCGUGGUGGCCUUCACCUCGUCGUGGGAGGACGUGAGCGAGCGCUGCGAGGCGCUCAACGCGCUGCAGGCGCUGCACGACCGCCUGGAGCACAACCUGGCGUCCCUGCGCCGCCUCCUAGACCGCGAUGCCGACGCGGACGAGGCCGGGAAGCGGCUGCUCCGCGAGCUGCUGGAGGACUGCAACAUCACCUGGGCACCAUUCACCGUCCCGGUUCACCCCAGCAUCACCCGGGCACCAUUGACCAACCUGAUUCACCCCAGCAUCACCCAGGGACCAGUUGCCAUCCUGGUUCACCCCAGCCUCACCUGGGCACUGUUCACCGUCCUGGUUCACCCCAGCAUCACCCGGGGACCAUUCACCAUCCCGGUUCACCCCAGCAUCACCCAGGCACCAUUCGCCAACCUGGUUCACCCCAGCAUCACCUGGGCACUGUUCACCAACCUGGUUCAUUCCAGGUGUCAUCCUCUCUGCCAUGCUGACAUUGCCCGGGUACCGCGGGAGCAGGGCGAGCCCGAGGCCGUGUGCGCCCAGCUGCGCGUGCGGCUCUGGCUGGCGCUGGCGGCCGAGGGCACGGAGCUGGCGCGGCACCUCGAGGGCGCCCUGCAGGUCCACGCCGAGACGUACGAGAACCAGCUGAAGCUCCUCGGCAAGUGGGGCACCCGGGGGCUGGUGGCCCGGCCCGUCUUUUCCGACGUCACUGGCAAAGUGGCCCUGCCCCGGGACAAGCUGCGCCCGCCGCGGGGCUGGCGCUGGGACGGCGAGUGGCGCGUGGAGCCGCAGCGGCGGCUGCUGCUGGACACGGAGACCAACGUGGCCAAGGUGCUGGAGGAGGUUUACGAGAACCAGAGCCGCCGGCCCGGCGGGGACUGGGCGCCCGCCGCCGUGCCCCACACCGACGCCGCUGGGUCGCCGGUGCCCCCCAAGGAGCAGGUCCCCUGCCCCGCGGGCUGGCAGGUCACCGAGGGCUGGCACGUGGAGGUGACAGGGGCCGUGGACGACGCCGGCUGGGAGUACGGGGUGAGCGUGACUGUGGGGCGCCCGCCGCCCGCCUGGCACCCCGCCGAGAAGACCUACCACACGCGGCGGCGCCGGCGCUGGCUGGGACGUCACCUUGCAGGACCCAGCUACUUCCAGCUGCGCUGCUACAUCUUCCAGGCCAUGGAUCUGGCGCCCCGCGGUGCCAAGGACACAGCAGACGCUGUGGCCCACGUGUCCUUUGUGCACCUGAGCCAGAGCACACGGGUGCUGGAGGGCACCCUGGAGCCCCGCUGGGACCAGACGCUGCUCUUCGAGCGGGUGCUGCUCCACGGGGACCCGCAGGGCGCCCGCGCCGAGCCCCCUCCCGUGGUGGUGGAGGUCUUUGACCAGGACGGCGGGGGCGCUGGCACCUUCCUGGGCCGCGGCGUGUGCCGCCCGGCCGUGUGCCUGGACGUGGGGCGCCGGCGGCUGCCCCGGCUCCAGCGCUUCCCCUUGGGCGGCCCCGCGGGGGCAGCGGGAGAGCUGCUGGCCGCCUUCGAGCUGCUGCACGACACCGAGGACGGCAGCCUGGCGCAGCUGCAGCCGCCGCCGUGGCGCGCGGGCACCUUCAGCAUCCCGGCGGGCAUCCGCCCGGCGCUGCGCCUCGUGGCGCUGGAGGUGCUGGCCUGGGGGCUGCGGAGGCUGCGCGGGCCCCCGCCGCUGCCCGUGCGGGCGCCCAGCCUGCUGCUCGAGUGCGGGGGCCACGCGCUGCGCACGCCGCCCAUCGCCGACCUCCGCGCCAACCCCAACUUCCCCGUCAACGCCUUCCUGCUCACCCUGCACCUGCCCGUGGAGGAGGACUACGUGCCGCCCAUCAAGCUGCGCGUCCUGGACACGUGGGACUUCGGCUACCGGCCGGAGCUGGGCCGGGCCAGCGUGCGCAGCCUGCGGCAGUACUGCUGCGAGCCCGCCGCGCCGGGCGCCCCCGCCGCGCUGCCCGGGCCCGCCGCUCCCCAGGGCUGGAUAGCCCAGCUCCUGGCCAGGAUCACGGCCGAGAUGGGGGCCGGCCACAAGGAAGAGGAGGAGGAGGAGGAGGAGGAGGAAGGCGACUGGUGGAGCAAAUUCUAUGCAGCCACGGGUGACGCGGCCAAGCGGCGCCGCGGACCGGCCAGGGAUGCACUGACAGUCUACAGCAGCGAGCUGGAAGCCGUGCCCGAAUUCGAGGGGCUGCAGGAUUUCUGCCAGACCUUCCCGCUGUACCGCGGCGCGGGGACGCCCGAGGGCGGCGAGGACCCCGUGGGCGAGUUCAAGGGGCUCUUCCGUAUCUACCCGCUGCCGGAGGACCCCGGCGUGCCGCGGCCGCCGCGGCACUUCCAGGAGCUGCCGCCCAGCGAGCCCCAGCAGUGCCUGGUGCGGCUCUACGUCAUCCGGGCGUUCAACCUGCCGCCGCGGGACAGGAACGGGCUGUGCGACCCCUACGUCCGGGUCUCGCUGGGAACCAAGAAGGCGGGUGACCGCGACCAGUAUGUGCCCAACACGCUGGAGCCCGUUUUCGGCAGGCUCUUCGAGGUGACAGCCACCAUCCCGCUGGAGAAGGACCUGCAGAUCUCGCUCUUCGACUAUGACCUGCUGCCACCCGACCAGGAGAUCGGCAGCACCAGCAUCGACCUGGAGAACCGGCUGCUCUCCCGCUACCGCGCCCACUGCGGGCUGCCCCAGCUCUACCACGUCGCCGGCCCCAGGCGCUGGAGGGACCAGCUCACGCCCAGCCGGGCGCUGGAGCGCCUGGCCCGCGCGCGGGGGCUGCCCGCGCCCCAGUUCAGCGCCGACGGCACCGCCGUCAUCUUCGGGGGAGCCACCUUCCUGCUCGGCCACUUCGAGAGCGGGCCGCCCACGUAUCGGCACCCCGGGGCGCCCCGCGAGCGCCUGGCCCUGCACCUGCUGCACGCGUGUCGCCUCGUGCCCGAGCACCUGGAGACCCGCACCCUGUACAGCAGCACCCAGCCCGGGCUGGAGCAGGGCAAGCUGCAGCUGUGGGUGGACAUCUUCCCUGCCAGCCUCGGUCCCCCAGGGCCCCCCACCGACGUCACCCCCCGGCAGCCCCAGAGCUACGAGCUGCGCUGCGUCGUGUGGAACACGCGCGACGUGGACCUGCAGGACACCAGCCUGGCGGGGCAGAGGACGAGUGACAUCUACGUGAAGGGGUGGCUGGCCGGGCUGGAGGAGCAGGCGCAGAGGACGGACGUGCACUACCGCUCGCUGCAAGGGGACGGCAGCUUCAACUGGCGCUUCGUCUUCCCCUUCAACUACCUGCCGGCCGAGCAGCUCUGCGUGCUGCCCAGGAAGGAGCACUUCUGGAGCCUGGACGAGACGGUGCACAAGGUGCCGCCCAAGCUCAUCCUCCAGGUGUGGGACAACGACAAGUUCUCGGCCGACGACUUCCUGGGCGUCCUGGAGCUGGAGCUGCUGAGCCUGCCGCAGCCGGCGCCGCGGCCCGGGCGCUGCAGCCUGGCGCAGCUGGGCCCGCCGCCGCGGUGGCCGCGCUGGGGGGGCCGCGCGCCCCGCGUCUCCCUCUUCCGCCAGCGCCGCGCGCGCGGCUGGUGGCCCUGCUCCGCGCAGGAGGGCGGCAAGCGGCGCCUGGCGGGUAAGCUGGAGCUGAGCCUGGAGCUGCUGGCGGCGGCGGAGGCGGCGGAGCGGCCGGCGGGGAAGGGCCGCGAGGAGCCCAACGCCUUCCCGCGGCUGGCGGCGCCGCUCCGCCCCGACUGCUCGUGGCUGCAGGCGCCGCUGCGGACGCUGCGCUACGCGCUGCGCUGGCGCCACCGCCGCGCGCUGCCCGCCGCGCUCGCCCUGGCCCUGCUGCUCGCCCUGCUGCUCGCCUUCGUCUACGCCGCGCCUGGCUACCUGGCCAUGAAGCUGGUGGACCCGCUGCAGGGCUGGCACCCGGGCGGCGGCGCCACGCGGGGACGGAGACCCCGGCGCUGA